UCGCUCUGUAGUGACGUGACGCGCAGUGGGCGGUGAGGACGUGCGCGCUCUCGCUUCUUCCUUUCUGGACUCCAUCUUCGCGGUAGUGGUGGCUGUUUCAGCCGUUCAGUUGUCAACAUGCAGCUCUUUGUCCGCGCCCAGGACCUACAUACCAUAGAAGUGACCGGCCAGGAGACGGUCGCCCACAUCAAGGCUCAUGUGGCGUCACUGGAGGGCAUCGCACCGGAAGAUCAAGUUGUUCUCCUGGCAGGCCAACCGUUGGAGGAUGAAGCCACCCUAGGCCAGUGUGGAGUGGAAGCCCUGGCCACUCUCGAAGUAGCUGGUCGCAUGCUUGGAGGUAAAGUCCACGGUUCCCUAGCUCGGGCUGGAAAAGUGAGAGGUCAGACUCCCAAGGUGGCCAAACAGGAGAAGAAGAAGAAGAAGACAGGCCGGGCCAAGCGGCGGAUGCAGUACAACCGGCGCUUUGUCAACGUUGUACCAACAUUUGGCAAGAAAAAGGGCCCCAAUGCCAACUCUUAAAUGCUAUGUAGCCCUGGCUUUCUCUAAUAAAGCUACUUUGCCCAGUCA